AUGACAGGCGAGGACACACCGGAGCCACCGAAAGAGUCGGAGCGAACAUGGUGGAGCGAAGAGGAAUGGAAACGUGAGGAAAGGUCAAUUUUACCUCCCGACGCUUCAAGGCAUGAUCGGCGUAAGGAAUUGGAAAAGACUGUACGAAAUGCACUUCGAGAGCUCGAUAAAAUGGAUCAAGAAGAAAUUGAAGGAUCCAGCGAACCACCGGAGCAGGAGGAAUUCGAUCAAUUUUUCACCAGUGAUCUUCAUUCGGACUCAAUUUUUGCGGCCAGGCAAAAACGACGGAGCUCUUCCAUGCCGUUGACGACAGAAAAUUCGGGAACAGCAAGGGACAUUCUAGGCACGACAAUCGCUCUCGAAUGUCACAACAAACGUAACGACCUUCAAUCGGGGUGA